AUGGGAGGUGCACCACAUGCUAAAGCUUAUAUGGGAUGGUGGGGUUCUUUAGGUUCCCCAGCUCAAAAAGGUAUCACUACCUAUGCUGUUUCACCAUUCGCUCAAAAUGUCUUGAAAGGUGUUGCUCACAAUGCUAUCUUCAACGUUUUCAGAAGAGCUAAAAACCAAGCGUUCUUCAUCAUUGUUCCAGGUGUUAUCAUUUGGGAAUGGUGGGCUCAUGCUAGAGAUUACAACGAAUACUUGUACACCAAAGCUGGUAGAGAAGAAUUAGAAAGAGUUAACGUCUAA